CCUCAAGGCCACACCAUAGUGGGCGGAUCCACAGAUCUUGCUGAUCCACUCCCUUUAGCUUUGUGUUUUGAGCUAGCUAGCUACCCCAGCCUCAUCCAACCUACACAGACACUAGCGUGUGUGGCCGUGUCUGCUCUAUCACUGAACGUUACUUGAGAGUGAAUGCUUGGAGGAGGAGGAACUAUGAAGCGCAUUCAACGACUUGCCCAGCGUGGAGUGGAGGCUUUGGGGAGAGGGGACAAAACAGACAAGCUGACCUCGAAACUGGCUGACAUUGAGCGGAAGGUGGAGGGUAUUCGAAACGGUUGCCUAGUGACGAUAAAAAAACUGUCGGCAACUUUUGUAGGAUCUGGAGGCAGUCUCGAUAAACACCAGAAAAAGAUCCCCCAGUAUGCACUGGGUGUGUCCAUGAUGGAGGCUGGGGGAGCUCUCAAUGACAAUCCGACGAAGGAACAUCAGUCGUCACUGUUCGGGGUGGUGCUGGAGAUGGUGGGACAAGCACAAAUAGACAUUGCCGCUCAAAUGUCACAGUAUGAGAUCUCAGUCAUGCAUGACAUCAUUCAAGAUCUCAACACAAUGCUCGAGGAGGACUGCAAAAAGGUUGACAAGGCAAAGAAGAAGUUAAGUACUGCUCGACUGGACAUGGAUGCGGCCAGAACAAGACUGAAGGCCUAUGAGGCGCAUGUUGAGAAGUCAACACGCGAGUACAAUAUGGAGAAGCUAGUGAACAUGCGUCAAGAGGUGGACGAGUGCUCUAAGAUAUUUGACGUUGCUCAGGACCACUACGCCACUGAGAUGUACGACUUCCUCAGCAAAGAACAGGUCUACACAACUAAGAUACAGGAGCUGGUUAAACUACAGAUCACCCACUAUAAGAAUGCAGCAGUGCAGCUUGAGGGCAUGUUGCCUACCUUUGAGAAGAAAAUGAAUGCUAGUCGGCUGCGGCCUGUGUUUGGUGCCCCCCUCGAUGAUCACCUUGCCAACUCUAAGCAGGGGAUAGCCACCGUGCUGGAGGUGUGCUGCACUACCAUCAGAGAGCAUUAUAUGGAGACUGAGGGAAUGUUCAGAAUAGCAGCCAGCACUGCCAGAGUCAAGUUCCUCAAGAGUGCUUUUGAUGCUGGUCAGACUGAUGUGUCUGGCCAUGACAGUCACACCAUCGCAGGCUGUCUCAAGAUGUAUCUACGUGAGUUGCCGGAGCCACUGCUCACCUUUGACCUCUACUCUGACUGGAUCAAAGCAGCUGGGAUUGGUAAUCCAGAGGACAGACUUCAGGCAUUAUGGGCAGUGAAAGAGCAGCUACCAGAGUCCAACCUUGCCAACCUCAAGUACCUCAUGGCUUUCCUCUAUGAGUUCUCUCUCUACUCUGAGAUUACCAAGAUGACCAUCAACAACAUCGCCAUAGUGAUAGGGCCCAACCUGUUGUGGCCGAGGGAAGAGAGCGCAGACCCACUCAACAUGGUGACCGAUACUGCAAUGCAACGGCGGUUGACAGAGACCAUGAUCGAGCACUGUCGCUGGAUGUUCCCUGGUCUACCUGAGCCCUCAUCUCCCUCACUGCCUCAGAGCUCUCUAACACCAUCCAACUCCUUCUCAUCCUCCCAGAGUAUGCCCCCCCUAUCUCCUCGACUGCCCUCUGACACAGCCUCCAUAAGCUCUACAGGCUCUUCAGGAUCGAGAGGCUCCCCUGCCCCUGCUCCUGUACCACGGGCAAGAGAAAGACAACCAGAGCGUGAACAGUCACACCCACUAGCUGACCACGCCCUCCUAGAAGGUGUCACUGUAAAGAUGAUUGAGAGCAAAACUUCACCAGUUGAAGGGACUCCUUCUCCAGGCGCACCCUCCCCUAAGACCAAGAAAGUGCCUCCGCCGGUGGCCCCGUACAAGCCAGUACAUGCUCCCCUAGCUAGCAGACAGAGCGACCCACCCUCCCCCGUACCAAAGCCUCGACACACACCAGCGUCCCAAGGUCUGGGUCUGGCCAGAACAUCUAGUGGAGGAGAUCUGCCCACUGAGAAUGGGGAAGCCUUCUCUGACCACAUUGCUGGUCGACCCACUCCGCCCACUCGUCCAAAGAGAGCUCUUGACCCUCCGCCCACGUCCAGCAAGCCCCCCACUACCCCAGCGAAACCAGGAGCGGGUGGGCGUGGUGGUCCCAGUCGUAGAGCCCCUCCCCCUCCAGUGAGCAGGAAACCAUCGCUAUUCCUAUCAUCACAGAAUCAAGAGGAUGAAAUGUCUGCACUCUGAACUCUGAACUCUGUGUAUGGCACUAACUAUUAGGACUGUGUGUGUGUGUGCGUGCGUGUCUUGUGAACCUUUUUAUGCUAAUAUUAUUAUAGGUAUAAUUAUAGUUGCAAAACGUG